UUUCAUGUUUGCUUGAUCGACCUCAGCAACAUUGUACACGAAGACAAACAAUAUUUUCUGCUAGAGUCGUUCAGCCAAGGACUUUUAGCACUCACAUACUCUCAGCUACAAGUACAAGACUAUCAUUUCCUUGGGCAGCAAUAGGUUCAGAAAAUGGUCCGUCUUGCCCGGCUAGGUUCAUGCUGCCUGAACCAAUGGUCAAUGGACUUCGAGUCCAAUCAACUGAGAAUAUUGGACAGCUUGAGAAAAUGUGAGGCAGAAGGAGUCAGAUAUCGUCUCGGACCGGAGUUGGAAGUGUCCGGCUACGGCUGUGAGGAUCACUUUCUGGAACGUGACACGGUGGAGCAUGGAUACGAGGUGUUGGCAUGGCUGUUGCAACGCACUGCCAAGAUGGACUUGCUCUGUGAUGUGGGUAUGGCGUUUGAGCACCGUCGAGUAGUGUACAACUGCCGCGUCUUCUUUCUGCAUGGUCGCAUUCUUCUCAUCCGACCCAAGCUACAACUAGCUGGAAAUGGUAACUAUCGUGAAAGUCGUUGGUUCACUCGCUGGUCAAAGCUGCAAGUCGUGGAGCAGUGCUCUCUGCCCAAGAUUCUGAGAGUGUCGGGCCAGACCACCGUGCCCAUCGGCGAUGCUAUUCUACAACUCAACGAUGCACGCAUUGCUGCCGAGAUCUGCGAAGAACUCUGGUGUGCCAGUCCCACGCACAUCAACAUGUGGCUUAAUGGCGUGGACAUAGUGUCCAACGGUAGCGGUUCUCAUCAUAACCUACGCAAGCUGGACACGCGUGUUGACAGUAUCAAACUGGCCACGUCCAAGUGUGGUGGUGUGUACAUGUACGCUAACCAGCGUGGCUGCGAUGGCGGUCGUCUCUACUUUGACGGCUCCUCCAUGAUCGUCAUGAAUGGCCAGAUGAUGGCGCAGGGCAAGCAGUUCUGUCUGGAUGAGGUGGACGUGAUUGUUGCUACAGUUGACCUGGACGACGUUGCCUCCUACCCGCAGAACAGUCGAUCAAGUAUGGUGCAAGCUGACAGUGCACCCAG